AUGAACUUUAUAAGGCCAGAAAAGCAUUUCAAAUUCCGCAAGGAUAUAAUUUCGGCAGCGGGUCGUCGGCCCGUUGACAAGAAUAUCCAUCCAGGAUUCAGCCCCCUGUCAUUGUCUAGUCGGAAAACCGUUUUGCAACGGGAAAAUCCCCUGGCCCUAACAGUCAGAAAUAAAAUCAUAAAUAGCAACCAAGGUAAAAUCACUUACAACUGGAAACUGCCAUAUAGUACUAUACACAGAUAUAUCGCUCAAUCAGAUCAGGAGAGGAUCUUCUACUUCUAUUUUCCCAUCGAACUAGAAUUAGAAUCUUGCAUAAAAUGCAAGCAAGCUAUGCAUGUAUUUGUCCAACAGAAGCAUGCAAAAGCUCAUAUAAUCCUGAAGAGAUUCCUUUCUUCAUGGCCUGGAGGUCAUCAUGGUUAUUCCAGUUUAGAUUCUAGGACAGACGCGCAGCACAGGCUGAAUGGAUAUCCUUGA